AUGAAGACCGUGAAAAUUAUCAAACCAAAAGGGGAAAUAAUUUCUGACGGGGUAAACAAAGCAGAAAGGAUGAUUGUAGAGGGAGAAAAGCUCAUUUUAGAUGGGCCUCUUCCAGGACUUUCUGGUCAAUCAGUUGUUGAAACACGAGAUGCGGUUUCUUCAAGUACGACCAGGACUGAGGAAGACAUCAAAAAAGUCGCAUCACUGCUCUUGAAACAGCCAGAAAUGCCGUCACUAGUGGUUCCUGGGCCGAUUCCGGAGGGCGAACUCGUUGCGAUGAAAAAGAUCAAAAAAGCGGCGGAAAAGAUCAUCGAAAACGAUAAAGAGUACUUAAAAAUGGAUGUUAUGAAGUUCUCUCAAGCCGCAGGACAAUUACGAGACUUUGUCCUUGAAAAUGAAGAAGAUGAUCCUCUCCUCAAUUCUAGUGAUGUUAAUCCAUUCACGCCUGAUACCCUCUGCGUUCGAUUCAAAAACUUGUUCUGUGCGAAAACUGAGUAA